AUGCCUUCCAUUUGCAUUAACGGUAAUACACUCGAUCCGAGCGCAGAGUCCCGCCAAUUGAUGGACUUUGGCAUGAUCGCAGACGAUGCUUCCAAAUCAGACUACGUCCUCAUCCAGGCAAGCUCUGAUUGUCUGUCAACUGAGGAACAUGGUGCGCUUCAGACCUUAGGCGUCAAUAUCAUGGAAUAUGUCUCCGAAGGUACAUACCUUUGCAGCUACAAGGGCACCGACCUGACACAGAUUCGUUCGCUGGAAUUUAUCUCCUGGGCCAAUACCUACUGUGAUCAGUUUGUUGUGCAAGGCAGCCUGAAAUCAAGAACCCCACAGGUCAAGCAAUUAUCAGCAUUUACUGCUACCCCCAAAACCAGUCACCUGCAAUUGGUCGAUAUCAUCGUUCAUCACGAUGUCGAUCCAAAUGAUGACUCUGUUAGAGAGGCAGUCGCGAAGGCGGCUCGUGCUGAUUUGAAAUGCUUGGAAGCAACGUCUCAAGGUUUCCGUCUUCAGGUGCAGCAAGAGUAUCUCGAUGAUAUAGCUGCCAUUGACCAAGUAUACCUCAUCCAGCAGGUCCAUCCCUUUGUUCUCUGGAACAACAAGGCUCGCGAAAUCGUCGGAUGUAGCGGCACUAGCACGUAUACCGAGCCAGGUGACUAUCAGGGUGAGGGUCAGGUUGUCGUAGCCUGUGACACUGGUUUUGAUAUCGGCGAUAAGGAGGAUACACAUCCUGCUUUCACGGGCCGGGUCGACAAACUCUACGAUAUGGGGAGAAAGGGCAAGUGUGAUGACCCAGACGGGCAUGGUACGCAUGUUGCCGGCUCCGUACUUGGCAACGGUGAGUCGAAGUCCAUGGGAGGCUCGAUUAUGGGCACCGCACCCAAGGCUCACCUUGUAUUGCAAUCUGUCCUUGAUGGGUCUAAUGGCUUGGGUGGUAUUCCGCGGGAUUUGACUCAGCUUUUUCGCGUUCCGUACGAAGAAUGUGGGGCACGCAUACACACAAACUCCUGGGGAUCAGCUUCCCCUUUUGGCCAGCUUCCGUAUGACGCGUCAGCCCGGCAGAUUGACGAUUUUGUCUGGAAACAUCCUGAUAUGGUUAUUCUCUUUGCUGGUGGUAAUGACGGAGUAGACGCCAACCGCGACGGCAAGAUCGACCAAGGCCAGGUUGGGUCACAAGCAUCUGCAAAGAACAUCAUUACUGUUGGCGCUAGUGAAAAUAACCGUCCCGACAUCCCCGUCACAUACGGCAGUCGUUGGCCAGUGGAUCCCCUGCGCAAUGACCGAAUGGCCGACAACCCUAAAGGAAUGGCGGCUUUCAGCAGCCGUGGACCAACCGUAGAGGGUCGUUUCAAGCCUGAUGUGGUCUGCCCCGGAACCGCCGUCUUGUCCACUCUCUCACGACGCGCCCAAAUGACCUCUCGAUUUGGACAGAGCAGCGAUCCCUUGUGGAUGUUCCUGGCAGGCACAAGCAUGGCAACUCCUCUGGCUGCUGGUUGCGUCGCAUGUGUGCGCGAAUGUCUUGUCAAAAACGGUGUGAAGAGUCCCACCGCCGCUCUUCUGAAAGCUCUGAUCCUGCAUGGUGCUAUGGAGCUCGUCGGGCAGUAUACACCCAGUGAAGCUGGCCCGUCUCCCAACAAUAGCUCCGGGUGGGGCUUGCUCAAUCUCACGAACUCUAUUUGCAUAGCUAGUGGAAGAGGUGGAGGCUAUCUGGAAGGUAAGGCACUGGGGCAUGGUGAGAGCGCACCUACACUCACUCUGACCGUUCCUCCAAAUGGAACAUUGAAGGUGACUCUCGUGUGGACCGAUCCGGCCGGCCCACGCCUUCAGAACGACUUAGACCUCAGCGCGAUAGCCCCCGAUGGCCAAGAACGCCACGGAAACAUGAGCACCGGUUCUGGUUAUGAUAGAGUGAACAAUGUUGAGCAAAUUAUGUGGAACAAUCCUCCAGAGGGGAAGAUGAACAUCAGCGUGAAAGCAUUCCGCAUCACCCGCCCCUCUUCCCCCCAGCCAUACGCUCUGGUAUGGUCCACAACCUGGCCUCCCGACCCGAAAGCAUGA